AAGACAUCCCUUAGGCAAUAAGAAGCCACCUUGGUAUAGAUUUGCCAUUACCUGAACAAUAAAUCAAUUGCCUAUUUAUGUAAAUCUUUCACUAUUUCUGUAGAACAGGGGUUUGCACCUAAUUAACAAAUAAGCGUUUGUUUACUUCUUUGGAUCCUGACAUCUGAGGGCUCCCAAUUGAAGCUCUUCUGUUUCACAGGUCUUUCAGAUUUCACUGAACAAUGCGGAGGGUGGACAACUGCACGUUCAUGGCAGGUGGGAUCCCUUUGUCAUCUGACUUCUUUAAAGCGAUCAAGAACGAUCUCUGGCUGUUCCUCCUUCCUGCUGUGUUUGCUGUGCUGCUGCUUGCUCUCUUCUUGGAGGAGAUCGGCUUUUUUCUGCGUCAUGUCCCCUCUCAGCGGCGCAGGCAUCUCUGCCUGUGGAUCCUGGGAAUAUAUCCAGUCUUCGGGAUGACGUCCAUCAUUGCGCUAUAUGUUCCACGCUCCUCAUCUCUGUGCAAUUUCAUUGCAUCUCUAUAUCACUCCAUUACACUCUUGAAGUUCAUGGGUCUUAUCAAAGACUUCUUCGGUGGAAAGACCCGCAUGCUGGAGGCAUUAGCAGGGGAGCACGUGUCUCCAAACCCCUUCCCCUGUUGCUGCUGCUGCUGUCUUCCUCUCUUUGACAUCAACGCGACCAGUGUGAGGUGGAUGAUGGCCGCUGUUUUUCAGCUCUCUGUGGUCAGAACAAUCCUGUUCUUCCUCACUCUUGUCCUCUGGACAGAUGAACAAUAUGAUUACGGGGAUGUGAAUUCGGGUAAUCCCAACAUGUAUGUAAAUGCCAUCAUUGCUGUAUCCACGUUUCUGUCCUUCUAUGGCUACUUGCUGUUUUAUAAAGCUUCAAAAAGGGCAUUGCCUGGAUACAGUCUUCGAGCCAAAUUUAUUUGCAUCAUUGUUGUCCUGGUCCUUUGUGGACUACAGAGUGGAAUUCUGGAGACCAUGGGUGCGCUGAAUGUCAUCCCCUGCACUCCUCCCUUCUCUGACCUGUUUCGUUCCCAAUUAAUCUACCACUAUUCUGUAAUUGUGGAGAUGUUCUGCAUCAGCCUCUUUGCACAUCACACAUUCCGGAAAGUUGAACCCUGUCACGGCGAGGGAGAAGAAAUGGAGAUUGAUGUCAUAAGAGUCCUCAAUGAAAAGGCAAUUCAGACAGAAGACGAGCUGCCAAUCGCUGUGCAGCUCUCCUCUCAAGAGGACGAGCCAUGCCAUUCUAACCUCGGAUACAACAGCGACAGUGAAGACAGCCUCUGUAAAAUUGAACACGCACCACUGGACCGCUUCCCUUUUCCCUUACAGCACAGACUACUAAAAACUGCAACAAACAUGGAGAAAGUACAUUUUACACCUCCUGAGGGCUCCAUGAGUGUGGAGCUGCCCACAAUUACUGUCAGUGCUCAAAUUAACCAUACGGACAGUGGUGAUGUUACUGUUGUAUAGAUAAAAAAAGAGAAAAUUUGUAAUUUAUUCCACUUUUUAUGUCUAUCACUCCAGUGGGGCCCAGGAAACUAAAUGCCAUUUGAAUUGUAAACUCAUCAGCAUAGCAAGGUUUUUUUAAAAUCUCUAA